UCCAAAAUUGUGAUACUAAAACAGGUCGGUUUCGCCAAUUCACCCAAUUGGCACAUGAGAAAUCCCAAAAAAAAGGAACCUAUGCUUUUUAUAACUAUUUGAUGAUCGGGCAACAAUUAUGUCACAAUCAUUACAUGC